CUUAAUCAAGCAUUGUUACAUGCGGUUACAUAUGUUAUUUUUGCUGCUCUGGGUUGGGUUGGGAUUCCACUGGACACGCCUCUUGUCACCACGCGGAUGUCUCUGCAGACUAUAUAGCAGACCUGAGUGCAGACAGCCUGGGCGGAAACCUGGAAGAGCAGCAGUGCAGCAGUAUCAGCUUCUUCUAACCCAGCAUCUGUCUUCUGUCCUCACCAGGCCCUGAUCACUAUGGCAUCACACAAGGAGUUCGCUACUGCAGGGAAGAAGCCCGGCCUUCAGGUGUGGCGGAUAGAGAAAAUGGAUUUGGCACCUGUCCCUACUGAACUCCAUGGAGACUUCUUUACUGGAGACUCUUACAUAGUGCUUCACACCACUUCUGCUCCUUCUUACAACAUUCACUCGUGGAUUGGCGAGAAAGCUUCCCAGGAUGAGAAAGGGGCUGCUGCCAUCUUUAUGAUGCAACUGGAUGACUUCCUGCACGGAGCACCAAGACAGUUCACUGAGUUUCAAAACCAAGAGUCUGUCACCUUCAUGGGCUACUUUAAAUCUGGCAUCAAAUACAAGGAAGGUGGAGUAGCCUCAGGCUUUGCGCAUGUGGUGACCAACGAGGUAGAUGUCAAACGCCUGCUGCACGUUAAAGGUCGUCGGACAAUCAGAGCCUCGGAGGUGCCCUUUUCCUGGAGUAGCUUCAAUAAAGGAGACUGCUUCAUCAUAGACUUGGGAAAGGCUAUCUUCCACUGGUCUGGUAGUGAAUCCAAUUCAUUUGAACGCAUAAAAACCACCGACCUGGCCAAAGAUAUCCGCGACAAUGAGCGACGGGGUCGUGGUGACUUACACAUGAUUGAAGAAGGCUCUGAACCAGAAGCUGUCAUUGAAGUGCUUGGACCCAAGCCCAACCUACCAUCAGGAAGCCCUGAUGAUGUACCCACCGACACGAAGAAGAAUAACGUGGCAUCUCUCUAUUUGAUUUCUGAUGCUACCGGCUCCAUGACGACAACUUUGGUGGCUGAUAAAAACCCCUUCAAACAAAACAUGCUCUCACAAAGUGAUUGCUACAUCUUGGACAAUGGAGGAAACAACAAGAUUUUUGUCUGGAAAGGGCAGAAGGCAAAUGCAGAUGAGCGCAAAGCAGCAAUGACUUCUGCAAACAAGUUCAUCAAAGACAAGAAUUACCCCCAAAAUACUCAGGUCCAGGUAAUGCCAGCAGGGAGUGAGACCACCCUGUUUAAGCAGUUCUUCUUCAACUGGUUGGACAAGGAUGAGACCACUGGCCCAAGUAAGGCAUACACCAUCGGUCACAUCGCCAAGGUGGUUCAGAUUCCCUUUGACUCCUCCAAACUCCAUGACAACAUCAGCAUGGCUGCCCAGCACGGCAUGGUGGACGAUGGCUCUGGGAAAGUCCAGAUUUGGCGUGUGGAAGGAGGUGCUAAAGUACCUGUGGACCCAUCCACCUAUGGACAGUUCUUUGGAGGUGACUGUUACCUGGUGCUGUACUCCUACAAAGCGGGAGGCAGAGAGAAGCAUAUCAUCUACACCUGGCAAGGGCGGAAGUGCGCUAAGGAUGAACUGGGUGCUUCAGCCUUUCUCACCGUUGACCUGGACAAUUCCAUGGAUGGAGCAGCUACCCAGGUUCGUGUCACUCAGGGCCAAGAACCCCCUCAUCUUGUGAGUUUGUUUAAGGCCAAGCCUUUGGUUGUCCACCUGGGUGGGACAUCCCGCAAGUCUGGCGAGAGCAAGCCUGGCAGCACACGACUCUUCCAUAUCCGCCAGAGCUCCACCAAAGCCACACGGGCUGUUGAGGUGGAGCCCACUGCCUCCUCUCUGAACACCAAUGAUGUGUUUGUGCUGAAGUCGCCUAAUUCCCUGUUCCUGUGGAAGGGAAAGGGAGCCACUCCGGAGGAGGUGGCUGCAGCUAAGUAUGUUGCCGGCCUGCUUGGAGGAACUGCCACUGAGGUGGAGGAGACCAAGGAGCCAACUGGUUUCUGGGCAGCACUGGGAGGGAAGAAGGACUACCAGACCUCUAUUACUCUGCAGAAGACAAUCAGGCCUCCACGACUGUUUGGCUGUUCAAACAAGACUGGCAGGCUUAUAGCGGAGGAAGUGCCCGGUGAGUUCACACAAUUAGAUCUGGCACCUGAUGAUGUCAUGAUUCUGGAUACAUGGGAUCAGAUCUUUGUUUGGGUUGGAAAGGAAGCCAAUGAGACAGAGAAAACUGGAUCACUCAAGAUUGCCCAAGACUAUUUGAAUUCAGACCCUUCUGGCCGUCGCGGUAUUCCCAUCAGCACCAUUAAACAGGGGGAUGAGCCACUCUCUUUCACCGGCUGGUUCCAUGCCUGGGACCCCAAGAUGUAGGACAGAGUUGCAGUGCCUGAAAGACGGAAUCAAAAGAAUUAGUAGAAAAUCAACAAAGCAGUAGCAUCUGCAAGAAACUUGCAAAGAUUCAUUACUUGUCAUUGGUCUUCAAAGAAUAAUAAACCUGUAAGAUAUUG